UAUUUGGUUUUUUUUUGACAGUGCCACGCAAUUCUUAACAAAAUUUUGUUGAUUUUUCUUCAGUGAAAUAACAAUUGAAAAUAUUACAAAUAGCUUUCCUAAUAAUUUUAAAAAUACCAAAAGUUGAAAUUAAAAAAAAGAAAGUUGACACUUAUAGAAACUAGAAAGCCAAAAGAAAAUGGGAUCAAGUCAUAGUGUGGAAAUACCCGGUGGAGGAACUGAGGGCUACCACGUAUUAAAGGUGCAAGAUAACUCGCCUGGACAAAAGGCUGGUUUGGAAGCCUUCUUCGAUUUUAUUAUUGCCAUAGCGGGUACACGCUUGGAUCAAGACAAUGACAUGCUUAAAGAACUUUUAAAGCAAAAUGUCGAUAAGCCUGUAAAACUUGUUGUUUAUUCGAGUAAAACUCAAACUGUGCGAGAAUUAACCCUAACACCCAGUUCGGGCUGGGGUGGUCAGGGCCUUUUGGGCGUUAGCAUACGUUUUUGUUCUUUUGAAGGUGCCAAUGAACAUGUUUGGCAUAUUUUGGAGGUGCAUCCAAACUCACCAGCAGAGGCUGCUGGCCUGAGAGCCUAUUCGGAUUAUGUUAUAGGUGCAGAUGCUAUAAGACAUGAAAAUGACGAUUUAUUUACUUUGAUUGAAACGCAUGAACAGCAGCCCUUAAAAAUGUACGUGUAUAACAUUGAUGAUGAUGCCUGCCGUGAGGUGACCAUCAAGCCAAAUACACAUUGGGGUGGUGAGGGUGCUUUAGGAUGCGGCAUUGGUUACGGCUAUUUACAUCGUAUACCCAUACAAGCUGGUAAUGCUUCUGUUGCUAAACCACCAACAACUAUACCGUCAUCUACAAGUGUGACGGCACCACUGCCAACAUCUACACCGGUUAUACCGGCAACGGCACCAAGCACAGUUAUAGCACCUUCAUUGCCUUAUGUGCCUCCUCUAAGUAACACGUUUGCUACUGCCGCAUCCAACGCAGCAACACCAACAACUAUAACGACUCCACAACAGGAUAAUACGGUAAAUCCUCCAACUCAAAGUGUUUUCAAGGCCUAUUUCAAUCCUGAUGAUAAUACACCUGAAUUGAUAACAACACCUGAAACAAAUAAUUUGGGAAAUAAAGAGGAAACUACUAGUGAACAAGUAAAACAGCCAAUUGAACAUAAUUCUCCUACUGAGGCCUCCCAGCCAACAGCAACACCUAAUGAAAACUUAACAGCACAAUUGCAAAAUUCUGCUGAGGCCAACUUUGGUACUGUACCAACAUCGGUUAACACUACCUUGCCACCACCUUCGAAUCUUUAUAUACCAGGCGUAAUAGAAGCAACUAGUAAUGUUGCUAAUAUGCCACCAAUAUCGACCCCAACGCAAUUACCCUAUCCUCAAGCUACUGCUCCCCCAACACAGAUGAACGCUAGUGCAAUUCCUAUGUAUUCGACUGGUAUACAACAAUAUAUGUCAUCUCCAGCGGCUUUAUCGUAUCCGGCUGCCCAAACUGUACCUAGUUAUCCACAAAUUCAACCUUCAAUGGGCGGUUUAUAUCCUACACAAAGUACACCUAUGCCACCACAAAUGGCGGCUUAUCAACAACAACAGCAGCAGCAAACACAACAAGCAACACCAUUAGUACCCGUUAUGGCACCAACAACUACAUCUGCUCCCGUUAUGCCACCACCACCACAAACAUCGUCAUCUAUGAACCCCUUUACUCCUCCACCACCCACUUCAACAGCAUUUAAUAAUUAAGUUAUAUGUUUAAAGAAAAGAGUUUAUAAUUAUGCAUAAAUUUGUUUUUGUUUAAAAUUUCUAUAACAAACAAACAACCUUAUCAUUUAGUUUAACCCUCUCUCUGUCUCUCUUCUUUAAUAAUUUCUUAUCUUUAGCCCAAUUUUGUUCUCAUAAUAAAACGUUUAUUCCCUUUUAACUGUGACAA